AUGUCGCUCGCUAUUGAGGAGGAAAAACAUGCUUACAAUAACGAUAAUGAGUUGCCUUUGUCAAAAGGUGAACUAGAGCUCAAUGUCGGCGGUCGUGGGGCCACGCAGCGUCGCCUGCGUAGCUAUCAGGUAUCCAUGAUCGGAUUUUGCGGUGGCAUCGGGACAGGUUUAUUUGUUGGAACAGGUGCUGCCUAUGCUAAAGCUGGUCCUGCUGGACUGCUGCUGGCCUACGGGAUCGUGGGCAUAGUCCUCUGGUGUGUGAUGCAGAGUAUUGCAGAGCUAGCUACGUUACUUCCUACUGCUGGUUCCUUUCCGCACUGGGCAACUCGAUUUAUUGAUCCUGCUGUCGGCUUCUCCCUUGCUAUUUCAUAUGGGUACUGCUAUACUAUCGCUAUUGCGUCCGAGGUUUCAGCCGCCGCUGUGAUUGUCUCGUUUUGGACAGAUUUGACGCCAGCCGUUGUUAUCACGGUGGGGCUCGUACUGAUCUUGCUCAUUAAUUUGACAAGCGUACGUUUCUAUGGUGAUACCGAAGUCAUUAGCGGUUCUAUCAAGAUCCUCUGCUUUAUUGGCCUGGUCUUUGUGUCCAUAGUCAUCACUGCUGGAGGUGGGCCAAAUCACGAAAGUAUUGGGUUUCGCUACUGGCAUAACCCGGGGGCGUGGACGAAUUACAAUGGCAUCACGGGUCCAACUGGCCAUUUUCUCGGAUUUUUGUCUUCCUUCGUCAAUGCCUCCUUCAGCUUUAUCGGUGUCGAGACAGUAGUGAUUACCGCAGCAGAGGCUGUCGAUCCGCACACAGCAAUUCCUAAAGCUGCACGCCGUGUUACUUAUCGGAUUGCCUUUUUCUAUGUUCUCGGUGCGUUCUUAAUCGGUUUAAUUGUCAGUCCCGAAAACUCGGACUUGACAUCUGAUAGUGGGAAUGCGAACAGCUCCCCAUUUGUCAUCGCUAUACGUGAGGCUGGUAUCAACGUUUUGCCAUCCAUUGUGAAUGCUUGCAUCCUCGUGUCUGCCUGGUCUGCUGGCAACUCGUACUGCUGGGUCGGCUCACGCAUGAUUGUCGCUAUGACGACAGAUCAUCAACUUCCGCAGAUUUUUGGCCGUGUCACUCGGAAAGGUGUCCCAUAUAUUGCAGUCCUUGCAGCCUGGCUUUUUGGUCCAUUUGCCUAUCUGAGUCUCGGGACUGGAGGAGCAGCGCAGGCAUUUUCAUGGCUCUUAAAUUUGAGUACCGUCGCAGGCCUUAUUGCUUGGGCAACACUAUCCUUCUGCUAUAUUCGCUUCUACGCCGCUCUAAAAGCACAAGGGGUCAGUCGGGAAAGUCUUCCAUGGAAAGCUCCAUUUCAGCCCUUUGCUGCCUGGGUUGGUUUUAUUGGAUCUACUAUUAUCACCUUGGUGGCAGGCUUCCCCGUUUUCCUUAAGGGAAAUUGGUCUACUUCGGAUUUCAUCGCCUCAUACAUCGGCAUUCCCAUUUUUAUACUGCCUAUCAUUUGCUGGAAGGUUGUGAACAAAACAAAGUUUGCCCGUGCUUCUACUAUCGAUUUAUAUUCCGGUCGUUUGCAUGAGGGGGAAAUAAUAGUGCAAGAGAAACCAAGCACCUUAUGGCAGCGGAUCCUUGACUGGAUCUUUUAA